CAGCUCGUGUUAAAGAUGAACCAGUGUCCGAUAGCUCGUUUAUCGAUGAUAAACAAUCACCGAGUAUUGAAGAAAUAUUGGAAGCCAUGCAGGAAGGAACAGAAGAUAACCCUAUGCGAAGCACUCCGAUUUCAGCUGAUCAAGCAAUUCCCGAGCACGACGAAAACUCGUUCUACAACAUAAAGAGUAAUGCGCGACAAACGCUCUAUAUGCGAACGGGGGAAACGAAAAUAGUGCUCGAACCGAAAUUGGCCAGUCAGGUUACUAACGCCUCCAAUAUGACCUUCGAUCGCGUCAUGCUAAACCGAGCGGAUGUAUGGCACCAAGUGAUGAUACACCAUGAUGGCCAGUGCGAGAAACAAAAGAUCCUGGAUAUGUUGUUCAACACCUUCCCGUUGUACGAUUUGUUUCCGGUGGCUUACCGACGCCACGCGAAUAUCGACUUCUUCCUGGUUCGAAUGUGCCCGCAAGCCAUCGGGAAGCUGUUCGAUGAUGGACUCAAGCUAAAGUUCGGUCAGCUAGAGCUGGCCGUUAGCAUUCGAUUGGGUGCGGCCAAAUUUCAAACUGGUCAAAUCUUUCCCCGUUCAAUGAUAGCGGAGGCGGUCCAGGAGCGUUGUAAAAAUGCGCAGCUGUAUGGGAUGGUGAACGUGCUGAAUCUGGACAAUUUUGCAGCUCAUCCUCAGCUGGAGGAGCUGUGCAUUUCCCUCAGUAAUCGAUCCCAGUUCGAAGUCGUUUGUUCGGCUAUAUCGCAAUGCCUGAGCAGCACAGCUCGUAUCAAUAAUUUGCGACUUGCCAAUAAUAGGAUUUUCCACACCACACCUUUGUCCGCCUUGAAGAAUUCUCAUCUAGUAUGCCUCGAUGUAAGCGAUAAUCGUAUCAAACACCCGAGUGCUCUUCGAACGCUGAGAGAAAUUCCACUGUUGGAGUUGUACGUGAAAGGAAACCCGCUGACGGACGUCCCAGAUUACGAAGAGACACUACGGGAAUUUUUCCCCUCAUUGUUGAAACUGGAUGCCUUAGUGACGGUAUCAACUACAAUACCGGCAGAUGUAAACAGUGACGAUGAGGAAGAGGUCGAAAUGAGCUCCCCGGGGGUCGUGCUGACCGACGCAGAUUUGAAUGCGGCCGCGUUUAAAAAGUACCAGAUGACUCCGCACUGGCAUCUGGUUACGGUGCACCACAACGGAAUCUGUGGCAAACAGGAGAUCUUGGAUGCCCUCUUUCACCAGCUAGGCAAACUAAGCUUUUUUCCCUGCUACUACAAAACGUACUCGAAGAAGGAUGAAUUUCUGGUGCAGAAUUGUUACGAAGCCUUGCUCUAUCUGGUGCAACAACAGCUCAAGCUCCCCGUGCCCUCCGUAAAUGCCGUAUUGAAGCUCAGUGUGGCGAUGAAUGUGGCCGAAGCAGCGGAUAACCAUGUGCGCCCACUUCGAAAGUUGGAUGAUUUCGUGAACAAACGGUUCGAAGAGAACUGCCUCAACCUUUGCUCGAUGCAGGAAGGGCUGAAUGAGUACAAGUACGUGGACUUCAGUGCGAAGAGUCCACGAAUCCUGGGCUACAUAUUGGAAGUUGCUGGCAAAAAGUUCUCCCAUUCCUGCUUUAUUUUACGGCUUCGCAACAACGACCUGCAGAACUGUGACGCGCUUGGAAAUAUUGGUAAACUGACAAGGCUGGUAUCGUUGGAUUUGCGGUUUAAUUCGCUGUCCACAAUAACCGACUUGAACGGAAUACCGCGGAACUUUAUCGAGGAACUGUUUUUGGAUCAUAAUCCCCUCUGUGGCACCAUUUCUUCCGGUGUUGAGUAUACUCGCAAGAUAAGAAGAUACUUCCACAACCUUAAGCGUCUCGAUGGGCGCCCAUUGGUUACCGAUAGGGGUUUCACAUUCCAGCAGAACUACAUCUGCACCAUGGAGGCGCACAAGUUUGCCGAAGCCUUCCUGAAGCAUUACUUUUCGCUGUACGAUUCGUUCCAGCGCCUCGAGCUCCAGGAGCUGUACCAUCCGAAGGCUCAGUUUUCCAUGACGUGCAGCUUCGAUGUGGACGAGUCGGCUCAGUUGAAUUCGCACCAGCAGCGUCAAGUUUCGUACAUCGGCCACAGUCGUAAUCUGCUCGAGUUCAAGGGCCGCCUCGAUCUUUCGUUUGCAGCGCUGAUUGUGGGCAAUGAGCGCAUUGCCUAUGUGCUGACGACAUUCCCUAAGACCGAGUUCGAUUUCUUAUCGUUUCGUAUCGAUGUACCAAUCUUUACGCCAGAACGGGUGCUCAUUAUCGUACACGGGCGGUUGAAGGAAGAGUCUGAGGCGCGACUAGGCGAGAGCUGCUCGCUCGGUUUCACGCGAACAUUCUACAUCCAACCGUGCGGGAUGGGAACGGGGCUUUUCAGCAAGGCCGUGGAAUACAAAAUCUGCAACGAUAUGCUGCAUUUAUGCAACCUAACAUUUGAAGGUCAAAACUUUCUGGACACCCGUGCCGCCGAGGCGAAAGAAACGUCGAGCACAGCGGAACUCACACCAUUGGAAGGUGAUGAUCGUAAUGAUCGCGAAAACGCACUGACUAUUUUCAAGCAGCUGACGCAGUUGAACCAACAAUGGUGUGUCCGCUGCUUGGAAGAAUCUUCCUGGAAUCUCAUGUUGGCGAUGAACAUUUUUCUGAAACUCUACGAAUCUGGACACAUUCCGAAGUUGGCGUUUACGGACUCCGGGUAGAGAAGAGUUACAAAAUACGACCUGCAUCGAAGGGCCUUUAUAAAACGGCCAGGAUGUCAUUUAGCUUCAGAAGGAAUUAAGUAUUGAGCUAAGUAACUUUUCUUUUCUUUAUCUUUGUUAUCCAUUUUUGAAUUUUAAUACUACAAAUGAACUACAUGUGAUCCGGGACAGCUUGGGCUGUUUAUGAAGGAGGAAUAAAGAAAGUAGUCCUCUUGA